AUGUGGUACAAGCACAAUGUACCUGAUGAGUCUGUGGUAUGGGUUGCCAAUAGAGCGAAUCCAUUCAUUAACACAUCAGGUGUUAUGUUGAAAAUCAUCGAUACAGGACAACUUGCUCUUCUCACCUCUGACAAUAAGAGCAUAUGGUCUACUAAUUUGUCAAGGAGUUUGCCUGUGAAGAAUACAGUUGCACAGUUGUUGAACUCAUGGAAUCUUGUCCUAAGAGAUGCAUAUGAUAGUAAGCCUGAGAACUUCCAGUGGCAGAGUUUUGAUUAUCCUACUGAUACACUCUUACCAGGCAUGAAGAUGGGUAAGAACUUUGUUACUGGACAAGAAUUUUACCUGUCCUCAUGGAAGAAGGAAUCUGAUCCAGCUCCAGGGGAAUAUAUAUACCAUUGUGAUCCUACUGGAUAUCCUCAGAAUGUCGUGAGGAAAGGUAAAGUUAAGGAAGCAUUUUACAGCUUCACGGUUCUGGGUUCUGUUAUGAGCAAAUUAACCAUAAAAAGUAGUGGUGAGCUUCAAAUUUCAAUGUGGGUUGAGAAUAGACAGGAAUGGCAAGAAAUUCUAUCUUCAUCGAGAGAUACUUGUGACAACUACGGAACAUGUGGUGCAUAUGGUAGUUGCAACAACACACUCACUCCUUCGUGUAGCUGCUUAGACACUUUUGUACCUAAAGAUCCAAGAAAUUGGGCAAUGACAAAUUGGUCCAGCGGGUGUGUUAGAAGGAAACCCCUCAAUUGCCAGAAUGGAGAUGGAUUUCUCAAGUACUUUGUUAUAAAGCUACCAGAUACACAGUAUUCAUGGUUUGAUGUGAGUAUGACACUCCACAAGUGCAAGCAAGCUUGCUUGAGGAAUUGCUCAUGUAUGGCUUACUCAAAUCUUGACAUACGCAAUGGUACUGGGACUGGUUGUUUGCUUUGGUUUCGAAAAUUACCUGGAGGACAGGACAUUUACAUAAGGGUUGCUACCUCAGAGUCAGGUAACAUUUGUGAAUUUGAUCAAAGUUGGAGUAUUAGCUGA